AUGGAUUUUAUUUUCCGAAUUCUACUGAUUGCAUAUUUACAAACAAUUGAUUUAAGUUCGGCUGUGACUGAAAUCAAAGUUGGGGUUUUACUGAUGACAAGCGCACCGGAGCCUUUUGAUUUAAGGCGCAUUGGUCCGGCGCUCGACAUUGCUUUUGAGCAAUCUGAGAGACGAUACGGAAUAAAAUAUAAUGUUUUUGUGCACAAUUACACCGAAGGAACAUGUCCCCGACAAACCACGAUCGGACAUUACGCGGAACUUGCCUAUCAACAAAAUAUUCAAGCCGUAAUAGGGCCAGCGUGCUCGCAAUCUUUGGACGCUGUUGGAAGACUGGCACAAUAUUUGAAAAUGCCUAUAAUAAGCGGAGUCGGAGAUCUGAUAAUCCGGACUGGACCGGAAAUGUAUACCACAUUGACAAGAACGUGCUAUAAUCUCGGAAAAUUUUCAACUUCCAUCAUGGGGUUGAUGCGGGAGUACAAUUGGCGCCAUAUUGCCGUCAUAUAUGACGUCGAUUACAUUUUCUUCGAGUUGGCAGGCGGAAAUCUGGUGCGAGAUUUCCAUAAUGACAUCUCAAUGCCACGCCCACUCGACCUCCAGUUUCAAGCCUCAAAGCAUGCUGAUCCCGGUUCACUGUUGAUCGAGGCUAGCAAGCAAGCUAGAUUCAUAGUGAUUUUCUGUGACGCCGAACUCCUUAGAACGUUCAUGUACCGUGCGUACCAGUUGGGGAUGGCUAGGGGAGGAUAUGUGUUUCUAACCAUGGAACUAUUUCCUAGCGACUGGCUUGGUGACCAUAUGGACGCUGGAGUAUCCAAGGCUUACGAGUCAGUUUUGAUAUUGACCCUGAGCCAGCCCAACACUACUGAAUACAAUGCCUUCGCUGACGAGGUCAAGAUGAGGGCACUCAGGGACUACGACUAUGAUUUUGGGGAGCAAACAGUAAACUAUUUUGUGACGGCAUUCUACGAAGGUGUACUCUACCUGUCCGAAGCAUUUAACCGGACGUUAGCGGACGGACAGAAUAUAACGGAUGGUCUGAUAGUUUCACAGAAACUAUGGAAUAACACAUAUCCGGGUAUAUCCGGUACGGUGGCGAUAGAUGAGGUAGGAGAUAGAAGAGCGGACUUUGAUUUCCUGGAUAUGACAGAUCCGGCCAUGAGGACAUUCGUGUCUGUAGGUACAUUCAAAGGAUCAACUUUACAGUAUAUCCCAGUCCUGGGGGUGGCCAUUCACUGGCCGAAUGGAUUGCCAAUUGACGAACCCAUAUGUGGCUACACAGGCGAUAAAUGCAUUGCGAAAGACAAUAACACAACGCUUAUCCUCGCCGUGACCUUCGUCACUAUAAUCCUCGUAGCGUCUGCCAUUACAGUUUUCAUCUACAGGAAAUUGAAAUUUGACUCUGAGAUUGGUAAAAAGACAUGGCUCAUACCAUGGGAUGACGUGAAGUUAUCAAAGGGGGAACAAGGUGGUUCAGUUUUAUCAAGGUCUAGGAUAUCGAUGUUGGCAGCCGACGGAAAAAUGGAGGAAGUGAUCCAACACCAACUCUUCACCACAGUAGGAAACUGUAGGGGCAAUGUCGUGGCUAUCAGAGACCUUAAAUGUUACAACAUUGACCUUACCCGAGCAGUUCUUAUGGAAUUUCAUCAGCUUCAAACGAUGCAGCACCAGAAUCUAGCCAGAUUCACUGGUGCAUGUAUCGAACCUAUGAAGUGUGCGAUACUGAUGGAGUAUUGUCCCCGAGGUAGUCUACAGGAUAUUAUUGAAAAUGACGACAUCAACCUUGACUGGACAUUCCGUUAUUCACUGAUCUGGGACAUCAUUAGGGGAAUGCAGUACAUCCAGAACAGUGCGUUAAAAUACCACGGCCGAUUGAGCAGUACUAACUGUGUAAUCGAUAGCCGGUUUAUGUUGAAACUAACAGACUUUGGUAUCCCGACGGUGUUCCUCCUGGAACGUCAGGUCGCUACUAAAGCCAAUGAAACAAACAUAAAUAAGUUGUUAUGGACAGCCCCCGAAAUACUCCGAACAUACAAUAACACUCUCCACUGUCCAGUGACCUAUCAGAAGGGGGACACAUACAGUUUUGGAGUUAUACUUCAAGAAAUUGUGUUACGAGGUUGCCCGUUUGACGAAAUGGACUACGCUACAGAGGAGAUUAUAAAAAAGGUAAAAGCCCAACCAGACAAGAACAUACCUUUCCGUCCAAUUGUUCCUAUGGCUUCGUGUAGUAAAGAGCUGCACUUCCUCAUGCAGACGUGUUGGUCAGAGGAAUGGGAAGACAGACCGAAUUUUGACAUGGUUGCAUCCUCCUUCCGGAAAAUAAAUUCAGGAACCAAGGGCAACAUCAUGGAUAACUUGAUGAAGCGUAUGGAGCAAUACGCUAACAACCUGGAGAGUCUGGUGCAGGAGCGGACAAACGCCUACCUCGAGGAGAAGAAAAAGGCAGUGGAAUUACUUCACAGAUUGCUGCCGCCAUCUGUAGCUGACCAGUUGGAGGCCGGACGACAGGUACUACCCGAGACUUAUAAGUGCGUUACCAUAUACUUCAGUGAUAUCGUAGGCUUCACUACAAUCUCCGCACAGAGCACGCCAAUGGAGGUCAUAGCUCUACUAAAUGAGCUAUACACAUCCUUCGAUACAGUCAUCGACAAGUUUGAUGUAUAUAAGGUAGAAACGAUCGGCGACGCGUACAUGGUAGUUUCCGGUCUGCCCCGUAGAAAUGGCAACACCCACGCGGAACAGAUAGCUUGCAUGUCAUUGGAGAUCCGACAGGCUGUUCUUGGUUUUAAAGGCACAGUUGUGGCCGGAGUAGUUGGACUGACCAUGCCUCGGUACUGUCUGUUUGGGGAUACAGUCAACACAGCGUCACGUAUGGAGUCUACAUCAGAAGCAAUGCGGAUCCAUAUAUCAAGCCCAACUAAGUUAAUCCUCGAUAAAUUCAACAAGUUCUGGAUUGAAGAUCGCGGUGAAAUCACUGUCAAGGGAAAAGGCGUGAUGAACACAUAUUGGCUCACCGAACAGCUUGAACACUUAACUGAUUGAUGUUUGAAUGAUACGUUAUAGUGUAGGCCACUUGUUUAGACCAACUUUCUUUGGCGUUUUAAAGAGCAUAUGUUCCAUAGGAAUUUGAAUAGGCGGAAUUAUUGCUUAAUGUUAUUUUUCCUAUUUCACAAGAUACGCAUAAAAAUAAAAAGCUCUUCUUUCCUCGUGGACAGGGAUUGACACAGUGACUCAGUAAGGAUACUUUGAUGUUCUUAUUGCAGUCCAAUGGUAACCUCAUUGAAUGUUUGCUUUGAUAUUUCCCUCUCGGUUUUUGUUUUUGUUUUGUAUUUGUAUUUCCAUAUAUUUUU